AUGUACGUAGCCCCCCCUCCUCGGGGAUCGAAUCCCGCCGCUAUGGUGACGGAGGCGGACGUGGAGAUGCCGAGGGUUUACGAGGUCUGGAAAGGCAGCAACAUAUUUUUUCUUCAAGGGAGGUUUAUAUUUGGACCUGAUGUGAGAUCACUCUUUCUGACCAUAUUCCUCAUUGUCGCUCCUGUCUCAGUAUUUUGCGUAUUUGUUGCCAGAAAACUGAUGAAUGAUUUUUCCUAUAAUCUUGGGAUAUCGGUAAUGGUGAUUGCUGUUGCAUUCACACUGUAUGACUUAAUUCUUCUUUUUCUCACCUCUGGAAGAGAUCCAGGUAUAAUACCUCGUAAUGCGCAUCCUCCAGAACCAGAAGUCUAUAAUGAGAACACUGAAGUUGGGGGCAGCCAAACUCCACAGUUACGUUUGCCUCGAACAAGGGAUGUAAUCAUCAAUGGGAUCACAGUAAAGAUUAAAUAUUGUGAUACCUGCAUGCUGUAUCGACCUCCUCGCUGUUCACACUGCUCAAUCUGCAAUAAUUGCGUCGAACGGUUUGACCACCAUUGCCCAUGGGUUGGGCAAUGCAUUGGACUUCGCAAUUACAGAUUCUUUUUUAUGUUUGUCUUCUCAACGACUCUGCUCUGCAUCUAUGUUUUCGGGUUCUGUUGGGUGUAUAUCAAAAAAAUUAUGGAUGAUGAAGAAGCCAAUGUAUGGAAGGCAAUGACCAAGACACCAGCCUCCAUUGUUCUGAUAAUCUAUACCUUCGUCUCCGUGUGGUUUGUUGGUGGCCUUUCCGCCUUCCAUUUAUAUCUCAUCAGCACCAACCAGACAACUUAUGAGAAUUUCAGAUACCGUUAUGAUCGGCGAGCUAACCCAUAUAACAGAGGAGUUGUGGAGAACUUUAAAGAGAUCUUCUUCUCAAGCAUCCCUCCCUCCAAGAAUAAACUUCGAUUGAGGGUACCACAAGAGCAAGCUUCUCAGGCAAGGUCAGUGGGUGGAGGGUUUGUCAGUCCAAACAUGGGCAAAGGUGAUCUUGACAUGGGUAGGAAGGCUAUGGCUUGGAGCGAUGCAGGGUUAGGUGUCGGUGACCUCGAAGCAGGGCUGGACAAUGAUGUGUCUGAGGAUAAGGAUGGUGGGAUUGCAGAUGCACCCCCUGGUAUACAAAAGGAUCUUCCAUCAGAGGGCUUGGAAGCCGGGCGCUCUGCAGUGCACUCAAGGCGGUCCAGUUGGGGGCGGAGCGGGAACUGGGAACUAUCACCUGAUAUCCUGGCUCUAGCAGCAGGAGUUGGUGAAUCAAAUAGAACAACUGCUGGGGGUCGCAAUGGUAGCACGAACACUGGAAGCCUAUAGCUUUUUGAGAAGCUAACGCAAGAUGUGGAAAUUUGGAUUCAAGUCAUGCACCUAGUUGACGCAAUUUGCUGUCUCUUUGUUUCCUGUGCCAAUACAGUAGUGGAGCCACUAUGUUAUUCAAUGCAGUGGACAUUGUGGUCCUGAAAAUCUUGUUUGGUUUCCUUAUUUCUUCCAUUUCUUUCUGGUUAUCGUUGCAGUUCUAGAUGGUCUUAAUUUGAUGAUUUUAAGGUGCGAAAUUAUUAAAACCGGGCUCUUUUUAGAUCGUAUGGUCUAUGUAUACUGUACUAAUUUCAACUAAUGGGUCUUCCUGAAUGAGG